AUGUGCGGCGACAGUCAAUCAUUUUUAAUGGCCACUGAAGAGCUAUACGUAAAGGUGCAGCAGACUGCAGCAGACAUGGCGACGUCGAUCAAAGAGGUGGACUUGUCUGACAAAAGGCUUCAGGAAAUCCUCAGUGUAGCCAAAGACUGGGCAUUUUGCACUGGGGCCAUUACAAAGUCUGGCACAGAUGAAGUUGAAGCAGAAAAAGCCCUUCCAGCUCCCUACUCUCUGUUUCCCAGCGUUGUUCCGGCUCCUAUCUUAGAGCACGUGAAGUCUACCAUGACUCACUUCAACCGGCUCAUGCACAAAGUGUCUAUGGACCAUGAGUUUUUAGAACAGUCUUUGAAAAAUGUGAUUCAAGUAGACCCUUUCAUGCUGAGCUUGUGGAACGUCUAUUGUAAAGUCAGGGAGUCGGGGAUCAAGCAGCUUCCUGACAACAACCCUGUUGUAAGAUUUGCUGACGGCUUGGUUAAAGCGUGGGAACUCUACGGAAAUCCCAGGGCUGUGAUCAUAUUCGUCGUGAGUGCCUCGGAGCUUAAUGUCGUUGAUCAGCGAUUUCUGGAGAUCAAAGUCUAUGACAGGAACCCUAACAUUCGGAUUCUACGCAAGACAUUCUUGGACAUUUAUAACCAAGGCCAUUUGGAUGACAAGAGCAGACUCAUCAUGUGGGAAUGGGACGCCAGGCUGAAAUGUGAACUGUCUCGUGCCAUCAAAUGUCCCUCUGUACAACUUCAGCUGACCGGGGCCAAGAAAAUCCAACAAGAGCUGACUCGGCCCGGGGCUCUGGAACGUUUUGUCUCUGACCCACAGGUGGUCAACACAAUAAGGGACACCUUUGCUGACCAGUACAGUCUGGAUCUGAACCAAGAAGGGGAUGCUGCCGUGAAGCUCGCCCUGCAGUCUCCAGAGAAAUUUGUCUUGAAACCCCAACGUGAAGGUGGAGGUAACAACUUGUACAAUGAGGACAUCACCAAUUUCUUCAAGGAGUACAAUCGCUCCAAAGAGCGGAGUGCGUACAUUCUGAUGCAGAAAAUAUUCCCAUUGCAACAGAAGAACUAUCUUGUCAAGCCUGGAGUCCCUUUAGUUUUGUCAGAUGUCGUCAGUGAGCUGGGCGUAUAUGGAGUAUACAUUGGAUGUGCUGACUCGGAGGUCGUGAACGUUGCAUGUGGUCACAUGCUGAAGACCAAGAUCCACGGCACAAAUGAGGCAUCCAUUUGUGCCGGCUUCGCAGGUUUUGACAUUCCCCUGAUCAUCUAGGAAAUUGGUCGACUAGAUAAUUAGGUCAUCUAGAUAAUUAGGUCGACUAGAUAAUUAGGUCAUCUAGAUAAUUAGGUCGACUAGAUAAUUAGGUCAUCUGAAAAAAAUGUCUACAAAUGUAAAUGUUUACGGAACAGAAGUUGUUUAUUUUAACUGUCUGUUUGUACUUUAAAAACUACUUAUAUCCUGAACUGAAAUAUUUUUAUACCUGCUACGAAACGCGAUUGUGAUACGAUGUAUUAUAGACUGAAUGAGGGUACAUUGGAUUCAUAACAUUCA